AUGCAUGUGAGCGCUCACACGACAUUCGAAAUCCGAAGUCGCGCGAACAACAACACACCAGCUGCCGCCGCUCCUGGUCGACCGCGGAACAAAGAAGAUGUGACAAAGCAGGAAGCUUUGGGCAAUGUGCGCGCGGCGCUUCAGCGCGUCAACCAGAGCCCUCUACGCCCUACGGUAUCUCACGAUCUGAGUGCCCAAUUCAGCGACGACGUCCUCGAAUUCAUGCGCGAGCUGCACCUGACGGUACUUCGCAUGAAGCAAAGGCAAAAGACUGGGCCGCUUGGAGGCGAAGACUGGAAGUCGUUCGAAACGGGACUCAAGCUGCUAAGUGGUACGAUGGAAAUCAAUGAGCCUGGCUCAAAAGCAGCAGGUACCGAAAAGUUGGACGUCAAGGCAUUGCAAAGACAAGCGCAGCAAUACAAGGACAGCCGGGAAGAGAAGAAGAGCAGAAUGAAGGCAAGACAAGAGACCCUUGCUGAAAUGCUAGGAGAGGUCUCAGAAGACGAAGGUGGAUAUGGAGAGGAUGAAAAGGAUGGAUCUUGCAGCAAGUACGUGCAAUGGUCCGGCACGUAUCUCGUCACCAGAAUGCGGGACACCCCUGGACUGAUAGAACCAGGCCGCCCGGCCCGCCUGAGCGACUAUACGAAAGCCUAA